CUCGCGGACUGCGCUUCCCAGGGGACAGCGCGGCGCGGCGGCGGUGGCCGGGAGUGCCCCGCCCGCGAGCGAGGGAAGAUGGUGGCGCCGGCGACUGCCGCGUGGUUCCCCUCUCAGGCAGCGCCUGGCCCCGGCCGCCCCCGGCCCCGUCCCGCCCCCUGAGAGCGCCCGGUCCGGCCCGCCAUGCCGCGCUCCCGCCGGGCGCACGCGACCCGUCGGGGCGGCCGCGGUGAGUCCCCGUCGGGGCGGGCGGUUGCCUGGCGGGGAUCUGCGGAGCGGGGGUGCGCGGAGAAGGGGCUGCGGGGUCGAGGUGGCAGGAGAGGAGCUCGGAGCAGCGCCAAGGCAGAGUCCCAGGCCAGCGAUGAUGAGGCAGCCAGUGAAGUACUGAGUCACUACAGCAGUGCUAGCGAGAGCACCAGCGUCGCUGAGGAGGGGACCGGGAGUGAUGCUGUGGACGAGCAGGCCCAGCAGGAGGAGGUGGAAGACAAACUGAAGGAGUGCAUUGACAACGUGACCGACAAGAGCACCAGGACCCGGCAGGUAGCCCUGGAGAGCCUGCGGCUGGCUUUCUCCUCCAAGACGCUCUUCGACUUCUUGUUGGAACGCAGGCUCACACUCACAGACUCCUUGGAGAAGUGCCUGAAGAAAGGUAAAGGGGAGGAGCAGUCUCUAGCUGCUAGCGUUCUCACACUACUGUGCCUUCAGAUGGGCUCGGGCCCCGAGGGGGAGGAAGUGUUCCGCAGCCUGAAGCCCCUCCUCAUCAGCAUCCUGACUGACUCCUCGGCCAGCCCCAUCGCUCGCCAGAGUUGUGCCAUGGCCUUGGGUAUGUGCUGCUACAUCGCUGCUGCGGAUGUGGAGGAUCUGGUUUCCUGUCUCAACUGCCUGGAGGGCAUCUUUGGCACUUCCUGUCCAGAGGAGGGCAGUUCUGUCCCCACCCACCACAGCCCCCUGCUCCAGACUUUGCACUGCAACGCCCUCCAGUCCUGGUCCCUGCUCCUUACCAUCUGUCCCAGCACCCAGAUCAAGAAGAUUCUGGACAAUCACCUACUGAAGCUGCCGCUGCUGCUGUCCAGCGACAACGUCAACCUGCGGAUUGUGGCGGGCGAGACCAUUGCGCUGCUCUUCGAGCUGGCCCACGAGCUGGAGGAGGAGUUCUUCUACGAGGACACGGACCUGCUGUGCACCAAGCUCAAAGCCCUGGCCACCGACAGCAACAAGUACCGGGCCAAGACGGACAGACGCAAGCAGCGCUCCAUCUUCCGCGAUGUGCUGCACUUCAUAGAGAAUGGUGAGUGCCAUGAGGAGACCAUCAAGUUUGGCCUGGAGUGCAUGUACGUGGACAGCUGGGUCAGGAGGAGAAUGUACAAUGCCUUCAAGGAGGUGCUGGGCUCCGGGGUCAGGCAUCACCUGCAGAACAACGAGCUGCUGCGUGAGAUCUUUGACCUGGGGCCUCCUCUGGUGCUGGACGCUGCGGCUAUCAAAGCCAGUAAGAUCUCCCGCUUCGAGAAGCACCUGUACAACUCAGCCGCCUUCAAAGCCCGGACGAAAGCCAGGAGUCGUGUGCGCGAUAAGCGAGCCGAUGUCCUGUGACAGAGGCUGCUCCCUCCACCGCCUCCUGGACAACCCACGGACUGCAGACCCCGACCACUGUGACACAGGGGAGGAGCUGGGGGGUGGGGCUCUCGGCCCUCCCAGCUCAUCGGCUCCUGCCAUGCCCCUCACCCCCAGCCGGGGGGGCUUUUAGACGUGUACAGACUUGUAUUUAAAUGACAUGGCUGGUGGAUCCCAGCAAGAGGGCCAUGGGGUGGUUUUAUUUUUUUAACCCAAAAAAUGUAAGCGAGGUUUGGGUGUGGGGGAAGCCCCCCAUUUUAGCUGGUGAUUUUAGCCUCCUCCGUCCACCUCCCACUCUUGCGAGCACAUUGGACCAUCCAGGUGCUGUCCCAUGGAAAUGCUGUGAAUCAGUGCACAGCCUGGGGGGCAGGCUGGAGGCAGCGGGAAGGGGGGAGGUGGAUUUUCAGCUGAGUGUCUUGUUCUCUCCCCUGCUGUGGGAGCUGUUGAGCUUGGCUGGGUGAAGUGGGAAUUCUGGUGAAAUGCUGAGCGUGUGGCAUUACUGGAGGGGCUGUUCCCCCUCCACUCUCCCUGUUCCUCAGUUACCCCCACAUAGCACCCGUGUUCGUGCCCUGCUGUCCCCAAUACACACAUGCUUUGCAUUGGGCCCCUCCCAUGUGCACAGGCCAAUCAGCUCUUCCCCUGCCCUUCCAGGGGCAUGGCUCAGGAUGUGCCCAAGGGGCCGUGGGCCAUCAGCAGCCACUGGUUUGAGAGAAAUCCCCAACCAGCGUCAGGGUGGAACUAACAGGGCCCUAUGGGGGUAGGGCCACUGCUGAGGAGCUGCUGCUCCCCUCGGGUGCUCUUGUUUUGUAGGGUGGGGUCUUGGGGUUCAUCUCCCAUAGCGAGGUGCAGGGGAGGGCAGAGCGUGCAGUGGGGAUUGCUUGCUGAGAGGGGUUGAUGCAGUCCCUAGUGUUACCGGUGAGUGGGAGAUGGGAUCCCUCCACCCCGGGGAGAAGCCGGAGAUCUUGGCGCGAGCGGCAGCCUUCUCGGGGCCCUGGGCCCCUGGCUGCUAGGAGAUGAGGAUGGGGAUUGUGGGUGAUGAAGAAGGCAGGGCCUAGAACUGAGCAUGGGUGCAGGCUACCAGCACGUAUUCCCCCAGCUCUGUCCCUGCUGGACAGAUCUCACCCUGUGUUAGCCAGGUCUGACUCAGUCUAAUAACUAACGGAGUGCACAGCCUGGACUAGCCCCAGCCCUGUCUUCCCCCCACCCCAGAGCUGAGAGAAACUGAGCAGGUGGGAAAGGUGAAACUCGCCAAGCUGAGGGAGCAAAGGGCCACGGCGGGGGCAGGGCAAGCUUUGUAAAGGCUCAGUGAGGCAUUGCGGGGCUGGGAACGUGCUCGCUUUAACCAGGCGUUGUCUCUUUAAAAAUCCGCCUUAGAAGUGAUUCUUCCUCUCCCCCCACUCUGCCUGCUCCCCAAAACACAGGCAGGCUUAGUGGGACUCAGGGCCGGCUCUAGGCACCAGCGUCCCAAGCCUGUGCUUGGGGCGGCACUCUGGCCUUUUUUGGAGCCAGCCCUGGUGGGACCCUAGAGCCUGUGCUGGGAGGGGAGGGUCCCCUGUUUCUGUAGUGCCCCCUCUUGCCUUGCUUGGCAAGUGCUGGUGGGGGGGAAGGCCAGGAAACACCCUCCCUCUGCCCUCCCUGAUGAAGACUUGCCUCUCUGAGAGCUGCAAUUUCACUUUCUUCUGAGCCCUGUUGCCUGCCUGUCGGGUGUUGGGCCCCCUCCCACUAGCCUCUGCCCAGAGCUGGGGGAAUGGGGCCAGCCACCCCCUGCCAGGAAGCAUCUCAGCUGGAGUGCAUUGAAGGUGGCUCCCCGCCUGGGGUUGAGGCCUUCCCUACGGUCUCCCUCUGACAGCACAAUGGCCUAAGGGGCCGAAGCUGGCCCAGGUGCUCUCUGGCUAGGAAGGUCACAUCAACUUCUCACUGUUGCUCUGCUGGGCUGGGCUCUGCCAUAGCCGGGGGGCACACACAGCACCUGUGCCAGAGGAGGAGAAGAAAGACAGCAAGGGAAGAGUGAGAUGGGACAGGGCAGCAGCAUGGCCCAGCUGUAUCAUGGAAGGACGAGGACUUUGCUGAGGGGAGCCUAGGGCCUCCUGGUGCUACUGUUCUGAGAGAUGUCUCCCCCCUGGGCUAUUGGGCUGCUUACCCCAUCCUACAGGGCUUCCCUGGAAUGGAUUGCUGGAGUGGUUUUAUAACAGGGUGAUGAGCAGAGAUAAUUAAAAGGCAAAUGGCUGGGCUGCCUGGUCUGAUUUCAGAGGCAGUAAGUGUAGGGCAGCACCCCCUGCUGGGGAGACGUGAUCAGCGCUUUGGAUGUGGGUUGGCUUGCUGGGUUGGGAUGGGCUGUUCAGGGGAGCGGUGUGCUGCAGGGCCAUCUCUGCAGCUCCUGACCAUAUACUUUGCCUGCACCAGGGCUGCCUCCCCCAUGCAGGAGCCAGGCAUUCCCUCCUCCUGUCUGCAUCUGGCAGUGCAGGAUGGGACCCUUGCCCUCUCCCAGCCCCCUGACAUGCAUGCAGGGUCAGUCCUGCCCUGCCCUGCAAAAGGAGCAAGAGGCAGUAUUCCAGCUCCCCUGCCUCUUGCACCUGUGCUGUGGUAGCUGCCCCUUGCCACUUGGGGGAGCCAGCGGGGAGCUCUCUACUGCUCUGUCUCCAUCCAGUCUGACCACCUGUGUAACACAGGCCCCAGCCCUGCCCCACUAAUCCCCAGAGCAGAGCUGCUAGGAAAACACUCUGGCUUGAUCUGACCAUUGCAAGGGAUGGAGAAUGGACCAUGCCCAUUAGUAAAUACUUCCAGGGGCUAAGGCAGUGGUUCUCAACACAGGCUUCAUGGGGCCUGGGUGGUAGGGUCCCAGCUGCCUGCCUGGCUUGCACGGCAGGGUCUGGGCUGCCUGGCCACUGUGUGGGGUUGGAGCUGCUGCCUAGCCCUGCACAGCGCACCUGGGGCUCUGCUCCUGGCCCUACUCUGUGGAGGGGGUGCUGGGC